AGCCCACGUUUCCAGAAGCAGACAGAAAAUCAACAUGGCGGCGGCGUUGACGACGAAGCGAAAGAGAUAUAGUAAGAAAUCAAAACAAAGCUGGAGAAAGAACACUAAUAUUAGAGAUGUUGAGGAACAUCUUGAAGAGGCAAGACGCGAGGAAAGAACCGGUGGUCCAGUUUCUGAAAAACCAGAUGAAAGCUUGUACUUUCUAGACCACAGAACUGAAGAGAGAAAAGUUACUGAAGGUAAACCUAAAGAAAAUUCAAGAAAACGAAAACUCCUGAAGGCUGAUCAGCUAUUACCAGAAAGCAAAAUUAAACCAAUUGGAAGCAAGAAAAGAAAAGUUCACCUAAAAAGCAAGCAAAGGGAAGAUUUCAGCAACUCAUCAUCUGAUUCUGAGAUUGAAGAGGAGAGAGGCAAACUUGUCAAAGCUCAGAUAAAUAAAAAAAAGCCCAAAACAGCUGCAGUGUUUGAUUUAUGGGAAGCACAAGAUAUUCCGACAGGCGAUGAACAUUUUCUCUCAACUACUAAGAGAAUCAAUGUUAAGAAACCAAAGACAAUCAGCAGGAAGACUUCUCAGUUAGUAGCUGUUGAAGUUUGUUCACCUGGUGCAUCAUACAAUCCAACAUAUGAAGAUCAUCAGUCUUUGCUUCAAAUGGCUCAUAAUGUGGAGUUAAGAAAAGUGAAAGAAACAGAAAAACUGAAAAGACAAGUGAAGCUCUUGACUGCAGAGGAGGCAGCUAAUUUGCCAACAUGGAAUGAAGAGAUGAGUCAAGGAUUAUUUGCUGAAAAUGAUGCAGAGGAUGAUGAGAAUGAAAAUGAUCAUGAAAGUGCCCUUGCGGCUCCUGUGAGAGCUUUCAACAGAAAAACAAAACAGCAAAGGACGAAAGAAAAACAGAAACAGGAGGAAGUAAAGAGACUUGAGACAGAAAGAAAAGAAAAGAGGCAACAAAACGAGAUUUUUAGAUUAAAAGCUCUGAAGAAAGAAAUGAAAAUAGCUGAUGAGGAAGCUGAAAAAAGGAGAAGGAAGAAAAAAGAAACAGAGAGAAGUUCUUCAAUUAAACCUAAAAGACUUAGCAAGCACAAAUAUGAAUCACCAGAUUGUGAGGUUCAGCUGAGUACAGAGCUGACUGGAAGUCUCCGCACCUUAAAGCAAGAAGGAAACUUAUUUGAAGACAGAUUUAAGAGCCUCCAGCGAAGAAAUAUCAUUGAAACAAGACUUCCUGUCAAACCCUACAGAAAAUACAAGCAAAAAACAUAUACAAGAAAAUCACGUGAUAGGCCUUGUAUAAAGGAAAUAUAGAUUGAUCCAAAAGAAAUUAUGAACAGGUGAAUUACACAAGAAUUCGGAUGAAGCAGUUUUUUUUUCACACAUAAAGCCAUUUUUUCCUAAUUUGUCAGAACAAAUUUCAAUGUUAUUUCACCUUCGAUUUUAUCAACCAAAUGCGUUAACAUGUAGUUCUAAUGAUUGGAAAGAAAAAGAGGAAAUAAAACAUUGGACCAAUAAAACGGUACAUUCAUUUAGCUUUGUAAAAAAACAGUCUAUUAGUGUAUUCGUAACGACUCCUUUCGUUUUGAUAUUUUUCUUUGACUUGGACAAGACAGUAAUAAAAUUCUUAUUUUAUUGA